GGAAGAGGCACAUGUGGGAUCUCACAGUGGACAGCAGCAAGGAAGACUUCAAGGAGGACUUCCAAACUCGAUGAAGAGGGGAUGGAAGUGGCUGUGUGUCACCAUGGAUUCCUUCUGAAGGCGCUCAAUAUGUACAGGGAUUAAAUGGAGUGGUAGGAACCAGGAAGGGGCAGGGACAACUGCCGGUGAGGAGGUGGAGCAGGUCAACAGCUAUCUGUCCCGUUGCACCCUCACAACAAAAUACAUGUCUAAAGCAGCACGGGUGGACAUGCUUACAUUGCAUGCAGUGGGGUGGAACCACAAGAAAAAUGGCGCUCUACAUCAGGCCCUUUCCACAAGAUAUGUGAAGACCUGUCAGAGACUCAUUGAUGAGACUGCAAGGCUAGCUGAACUGCAAACACAGCUACAGUGCUCAGAUGAGACAGUGUCACAGUGGACCUCAGGUGUGAAGGAAUGGGCAGCUGAUGAGACACUACAGAAAUCUGAUCCCACUGCAGACACCACACACACAGGCCUUCAGCAGUCCAUUGGGGGCCUUUACCUUAGUGUGAGGCAGCGGAAGCAAACCCUCUACCGUCAGAAUGACAGCAGCAAAAUUCGCCAUGGCCUUCGAAGGAAGAUGGCAGAAGAGAAAAAGGCCCUUUUUCAGGAGAUUCAAAACUACAAUCUUCUUGUGCAAGCCUCUGCCACAAUUGAUGCAGCCAUGGUGGAGCAUUCCCUGACUGGAGAGAGCACUGUGUCCCCAAUAUGGCCAUGGGAGGUUCCUGGCAGCGCAAACAUCACAAUCAAGAAGCAGCUGCAUGACCAAGUGAUGUUGACCAUGCGACUGCAAGAGGAAAAGAAUGUUUUGGUGUUGGAGAUGGCACAACACUGCACAUGGUUGCAGAACCUGGCAGUGGUUCUCAGAAACAAAGUGGCUGAGGAUGACACAGGAAGUGAAGGGCUUUGCUGUCUCUUACGAAAGAGACUUUCAGAGGUGUUGGACAAGUUUGAGGUGGUCCUCCAACAGUACAAGACUGCUUUAGGUCCUGAGGCCUCUGUCCUCCCCCAUGUUGAAGAGGAAGAACGAAGUGACCGUAGCAUUCCAGACACCAGUGAAGAUGAAGAGGAUUGAAGUCAUUCACAAACCUAGACCUGUUACUAUUGAAUGAUUAUUUUUGUAUGUGUAUAUAUAAAUGCUUCACACACCUUGAUUUUAAAACAGUUCAACUUCUGAUAUAAAAUUUCUGCUUUUUUGUUUUUCUGUAUUUCCACAUAUUGGGUCUGGACAUAAACUGAUGGCAUUGGCAUUUUGAUAAGAGACUUAGACUAAACCUGAUUGAUAGAAAAGGCACGAUUGUUCAAAAAUAGUAUGUGUACAUGUUUUUGUUAUACAUGAUUCCAUGGUUUGUUGUCAGUGCUUUUGAAGUUAGCCUAGCCUAUAGUCCAGUGUUAUGAAUAAAUACAGCCUUGUGGCUUAUUUGACAAAUAUAUGUUAUGUUUCACUUGUGUAUCCAUGAAAGAUAAAUA